ACAAGAAAAAAAGAGCGCGCACGCAUCGCCUCCCCAAAAAAUCCACCCAUUUUUCCGCGAUCCCGUGCGCAUCUCAUCGCCCCCACCUCGUCCGCCAUGGCCGAUUCCGCCGCAGCCGCAUCCUCCUCCCUCCCCCGCUCGCUGGCGUCCAGGAGGCCGCUGCCCUCCUCCCCUCUCCGCGGCGGGAGGCCCCGGUCUCCCCGCCGCUGCCGCUUCGGGUCCCGCUCGCUCCACCGGCUGCGAGCUCGAGCUGGGAAGGACGAUCCCGAGGAUCUGUAUGGGCCCUACCCAUGGGAUCAGUCCUUGGAUCUCACCACUGGCCUCGAUAUUCAGUGGGUGCCAGAAGAUAGAGUCACACUGUUCACUUCUGAUGGGCUUGUUCAAAUAGGGGGUUCCCUGGUUCCUCGUCGAAUUACUCCAUCAGAGAAGAGGCAACGAAAAGUAAAAGGUAUACAAAAUAUCCAACGGUUUCAGGAGAGCUCGUACAUGGACCCAAAUCAAAGUCUUUGCCUUGGAGCACUAUUUAACAUAGCAGCAACAAAUGGUCUAGAUAUGGGAAGAAGACUAUGCAUCUUUGGCUUUUGUCGCUCUAUUGAAAUGCUAAGUGAUGUAGUGGAAGAUACAGUAUUGGAGCAUGGUGGUGAGGUUGUCACGGCAGAGAAGGCAAGCAAAGAUGGCCUCCAGGAGAAGUUGACCAUGUCUGUUGCAGUGCCAUUGUUGUGGGGUGUUCCUCCAGCAUCAGAGACCCUCCAUGUCGCGGUGCGGAGCGGUGGAGGCAUUGUGGAGAAGAUCUACUGGCAAUGGGACUUAUUUUAAAAGUCCCAAGCCGUCCAGUCAUUAACAAAUGAUCCAUGCCACGGUGUAAAUACUCAUUCAGUCUAAUUCGCUGCUCGCAUUGUGUCAGCAAUUGUAAAUUGUGCAUAUAUGUAAACAGAAAACUUUGGAAUCUCUAUACAUGUACAGACAUGGUCACACCCCUGCAUAUAAGAAACUGUGAGUUAACAGCUCAACUUCUACUUUUA